CACCAAAUUGUAAGCAUGAGCUGUCCAAAUGCAUGGUAAUGCAUCAACUAAUUUAAUAGAAAUAGCCACCUCCAGCAUACUAAUUUAAAUAUAUAACUAAAUAGGCAGCAAAAUAUUUAUUCUUCAUAUAUUUUCAAAAAAAUACAGGUCUUCACAGUGCUCCACUUCAUUGACGUACCUGCUGGGGUGCAAAACUGAGUUGGGAAGGUAAGUUAUAAAAAAAAAAUUAAUAAAAAAAUUAUUCUGUGUAAAAACGACCGGUCGUUCUUAAAAAGACUGGUUUCUUUUUCGACUCGACCGGUCUAUUUUUUAAAAAAAAAUUAAAAAAGAGAAAAAAAAGGAAAAAGAGACGACAAAUUUUUUAUGCACGACCGGUCGCUGAUAAUUUGUCCAAAAAAGACCGGUCACUCGCUCCAAGAGACCGGUCGUGUCUCUCUUUGAAUCUGAACAAAGACCGGUCGUCAGACGCGCAAAAAAUUUUCCCGCCCCUUUUUCUUUCUUUCUCUUCUCUCUCCUCAUUUCUUAUUCUUCGCAGCGACAGAACCCCUCUCUCCCUCUCUCAACACUUCGAUUUUUUGUUCUCUUCUCUCUCUCUCUCUCUAAAUCUCCCACAACCCACUCCAAUCUUCACUCAAAUCACACUUUUCUCACUUGAUUUUUCGAGUAAAAUCCGUUUUUGGCAUCUAUUCCUUGAAAUUUCAAGUGUUUUGUUCAAUUCUAGGGGAUUUUGAGUUAGGGUUUCACCUCCACCAAGAUGUCUAGAGCUAAAAAGGUUGCAAAUAAGGGUGCAUCUUCCUCACGAAGUGCACCUCAAUCGGACUGCAUCUGUGGUUACGGAGCGUAACCUAGACCUUAGUCCUUCCAUCCAAUCCACUGGACUUAUUCAAGUCCAACACCUUCUUAGGAACAGAAACCUCUUACCUUUAGCGUGUAUCUAUAGAAAAUAUAAUGAGUCUAUUGUGCAAGAAUUUUAUGCUGCUUUCCCUAUGGUGGAGCCUAGAGACAACCAAACUGUGCCCAUUAAGGUUCGAGGCAAAAAUGUUGACCUUUCCCCUUCCAUCAUCUCUGAUGUUCUUAACUUGCCUGGGGAGGAUACUGGUGAAUGGAACCGCUAUUUGGGUAGAGAUUUUAAUUUGCAAGACGCAGCUGAAAGGCUUUUCUAUGCUGACCCUACUGCCUUUGCAUCUCAAACCAAAAAGACUGUCCUCACUCAGGGUAAGUUGACACCCUACUUUGCCAUUUUGUGGAGCUUUGUGCGCCACAACAUCUACCCAUCGGGCCAAAGGUCAGAAAUUCCCAUUAUAGGGGUCAAAAUCCUUAAAAUUUUGCAUGAGGGAACUUUUCCCCUACCCGUAGGGGACAUUAUUUUUGAACGUUUAAAGGAUUGUGCACGAAAGAAACAUAUUAUCUAUUAUCCUUGCCUUGUAAGCAUGAUUUGCACAGACUCUGGUGUUCGGGUUCGCUCCAAUGAUAUAAUUGCUAAGCCCAUGGGUCUAAGAGUAUUUCUCAGCGGCGCGAUGCUACCAGACCAGCUCCAGUGCUGCACUCUAUGCCUCCACCGCAGCCGCAUACGCCGACAUCAUCCCUGCCAUUCCCACCUGUUCCCAGUGUCGACACUUCCGCAUGGGACCCCAGUCUCCGAGCCAUUUGGGACAUGCAAAUGAUCC